AUGUUGAUCACUGCGCCACACUACUUUCACAAGCUGUGCAUCGAUCCCUGGUUGCUAGAGCAGCGCUCCUGUCCCAUGUGCAAAUUGGAUAUUCUUCAGGCGUACGAUUUCCGACCUGACAUGGAUCGUUCCUGUCCGGCGUCCACUGGAGUGGACUCGAACUCAACUGCCCCGGUUGCAACUGUCCCCGUCCCAGGACCCUCUAUAGAGCCAAGUUCGAGUCCUCUCCUGGUUCGAGCCGGUGUGGAGCACGUGGAAGAGGGGGAAAGAGAUGAGAAACUUUUUACUAGUAAUGGACAAACUCGAAGUAAUGAUUCACCGGAAUGUGUUACCACCGCUUCUGUCUCCACUUCUUACCAUGACUUGGAGCAUCAAUCAGAUGGUUCUCAUGGAAACUCCGGUCGAAGGGAGUUCUUGCAGGGUCUUUUCAGAUCUUCUUCAAUCUCCAACCCCCGACGUCACCAACAUUCAACUCACAGGCUGCGUCGAAAUAGGUCGAGGAAUGUGGAAGUAGUUGCAGCAUCAGUGGAGCCAACUCAAUCACAUCUUCUCUCAGAAGAUGCUGAGAACCUAGAUUCAAAUCCUCCAAACAUCACCCACCUUUCAUGA